AUUGGCUCUUUGCUAUAGUGAUCCUAUCCAACGGCUCUGCAGCUUCAUGUACCAGAAUACGACUGCUACUACUACCACUACUACCACUGCCACCACCACCACCACCACCACCACCAUCACCACUACUCCCACUACCGACCUAGCCAUCUAGCUGCAACGGCCGGGGCCUCACUUGGUCCGGCACCUUCGCCGAUGAAACGCGACCCCAAGUCAGCGCCCGCAGCACGCAUACGCGACUCCACUCCCUCCUGCCGUCGAGUAAGCCAUCCUGGCUGUGGCGGGGAGAUGGCCGCUCACUACCACCAAGUCAGUGUCACCGAUGGUGUCAAUGAGAGGUGCUCGGAGCAACACGAGUUUCGUCAAUUGUCCUCCCGGCCCCGGGGAGACGACGACGAGCAAAAAGAGAAUGCUUGGGAUGACGACCUCGACAUGGCUCCUCCUGUCCACCCCAUCCCCCAGAUGCAAGCUGCAUUUGAGGAGUCUAUAAGGGACGCUAUUGCUCCCAUCGACCACCGCGACGCCGACGCCGACGCCGACCACGACCACGACGAGGCUUCUGGCACGCCUGCUGCAAUGAGACGACGGAGACUGCUCGAGGCGGAGCACGAUGGCGCUGCUGCUGCUGCUGUCACUCGAUGGAAGCAGAAACCCGGUGCCAAACACCACCCUUUUGUCAAGCUGAUGGCACAAGUCGUCUUUGGCAUGCACCUGUUGAAGGAAGGCCAGGCCAAAUCGAACGAGGAGGUCGUUCUCAUCCUGCAGGGCCACAUCGACGAUGUUGACUGCUUCCUCGAACGCACCGCUGCAGACUUUGAUCUGGCCAUCAAGGAUAUCGAAGAGCGCAUCCGAUAUCUCAAGCUGCCCAUGCAGCACAUGGACGUCUUCGACACCAUGCUGGACGACAAGAAGUUCCGCACCGAGCUGCUCAAUGGCAACGAGAAGAUUGAGAAGAUCAUUGAGCGCACUGCACACGCCAUGAAUGCCGCCAUGCAUGACAUCCACAUGGGCAUCCGAUCCACCAAAGAGCUCAACACCUACCUCACACGCAUUGAGCGUCGCUGGUCUCCCGAGAAUCGCAACAUUGCAGAGGUCUUUGCUGCCAUGCGUGGCAAUGAACAGGGGUGGAUGACCUAUCUCCGUGACUUGCGCACCAAGGGCGAUAAUCUGCGAAACAACUUGGUCGUCCUCGAGACCGUCAUUGGCGAAAUUGCAAGGCACGCCGCUGCAGCGAGCCGACGGAACAAGUUUCAGGGCAGACAGGUGUCCGGAGGUCCUCCAGGCAGUGUGCAGAAUGGCAAGUCCCCGCCCCCUCGCUCGAAGUAUACCAGAGACACCCCUUCGCCAUACCAUUACAAGCCUCCCGGCGCAUGGCUCGACAAACCCUUGCCCCAGGAACCCAACGCCGUCGCUAACGUCAAACAGGCGGCCGUAGCGAAGCCGCACCCCGUGUCUCUGGACUCUAGGUUUGAGCAGCCUCGAGGAGCGGUAACAGCUCCGCAGAGGCGGGAGUCGGUGAAGCCGACGGCGUCUUUGGACACAUCGGAAGCGAGAGGCGCUUCAUCUACGCGAGAGCCCCCCAUUGGAGACGCUCCCGAGGGUACUAGUAGUAGUACACAGGAGCUUUCCAAUUUCCUUCGCAAUUCCGGUGGCCUGCGAAGCCAUCCCCCGGACGUCGUUCGGGAUGGCAGGACAGCAUCUCACCAUCCCGCGCGAUCGCACAGCCAAGGAGGUGCCUUUCCGCCCAGCUCCCUCGACAAGCACUUCCGCAGGUCCCGGAGUCAAAACACCGUCGCCAUGUCCGAACCACGAGCACCAUCACGAACGGAGUCACGAACAGAGCCACUAUCACAAUCGCGAUGGGCGCGACCAGAGAGUAAACAAUCACAUCCAUCGCGCACGCAGAGUCGCGAUGACGGCUCCAUCACGUCUAUGCUCAAGUACCAGAUGCCUUUGACGCGCGACGCUUUCUCGCGCCACAUUUCGAAGAGACUGAAGAACAUACCCACCCCACUAUCAAGCAGAAGUCAGCGUCAAUCAAGCGCCCCCGCACCCAGUACCGUCUUCCGAUCGACUACGAACACAGCCCGCCAUUCUCCUACGCGUCACCAGAAGCAUAUGCAUCAUCAAAGCGAGGACAUCCACGAUCAUGGGAACGAGGAACGCAUGAAACAUGGCACGGACAGGCGUAGAUCUGCGAAGCCGGAGAGAAUGGUGGUGGAGGAGGAAGAAGAAGAAGAGGAGGAGGAAGAAGAGCAAGAGGAAGAGGAAGAGGAAGCGGAUAAUGAAGCAGAAGAAGAAGAUGAAGAAGAAGUAAAAGAAGCUCCUCUGCGAAGCGAAAGCAGAGCUGGCGGUCAUUCGCUCUUUCCACCCAAUGUCGACAGGCCUUUGACCCCUCUGCAGGCGGUGGCUCGAAAUAACAGUCACGGUAGUGCCGACGGCAAGGGUUUCAUCUCGUCGUCUUCCGACAGCUCGCCUCAGACUCAGCACACCAGAACCACGACGGUCACAACCGCAACGACCAGCAAUUCCUCUAAUUUUGUCAAAACGAAUCGAAUCGUUGGGCUGAGUAGAAAGCUUUUCGGUAGCAGUGGUGGUGGUAGUGGUCAUCAUCAUCAGCAGCAGCAGCAUCAUUUUUAUGAUCGGAGAGGGCCUGUCAAUGGAAGGGGAAAUAUUAUGGUUGCUUGAUUGAUUGAUUGGUUGACGACUGUAAGAUUUGAUGUAUACGGACAUCACUUUCUUUUUUUUGUUCAGUGACCUCGUUGUUCACGGUUGCUGCCCACGCUUCUGAUUUUUCUUUUUUUUUUCUCUUUCAUCAUCCUCGACCAUGUGUAUAGGUCUUUUCGAGGUCGGCACAUGGCUAGAUGUCGGUAAAAGUUAGUUUCUGAGGAAUGGGGUGGUGCCUUACAUAGUCUAGAACUCACCAAGAAGUAAGAGCUAAGAGAGCUAGUUUGGUGUAUAUACAUACAGUACUAGGUACAUGUAGCUUAAAUGACAUGCUCAAAU